AUGUAUAUGUGUUUGGUUGAUAGUUUUCAGAAUUCUUUACGUGCGUGGGGGGAUGAAGGAGAAAAAAAAAAACAACACAAAUCAACACAAAUCAAAACACUAACAAUAUUUUUCAAAUCAUCUUUCACUUUUCAUUCUAGAUUUCAAUUGAAUAGUUUAUAUUCUAUAUAUAAUAUGUGGAAAUCUCUACUAGGUUUAGAUAAUGAUGAUUCUAAAUUAAUUAAUCAACCAACAAUAGAUUAUAAUACUAUUUCUUCACCAUCAAAACAACAACAACAACAACAACAACCACAACAACCACAACAACAACCACAACAACCACAACAACCCCAUAAUAACAAUCCAUUGAACAACAAACCAAAUAAUCAAACAUAUGGAACUGUAAUUGAUUAUUCUGACCUUGAAGACGAUAAUGAUGAUAAUGAUGAUUAUGAAUACCUAGAUCUAGAUAAUGAUAUCAAAACUAAUACUCGAUUAAUUAAUCAAUGGAGAAACAACAAAAUCCAUUCCAAUAAUCGUACUACUACUACUGUUGAUGCUGUUGAUAAUCAAAAUGGAUCAUUCAAUUAUUAUCAUAAACCUACAUCUACAUCUAUAUUUACUAAUGUUUCAUUACCUGAUCAAUAUCCUGGGAAAUUUCCUCAUUUAAAUAAACAUACUCAUAAUGAUUUUAAAAAAAAUAAUUCAAUUGAUUUAUUAUCACUACAAGAUUCAAAACAACAAGAAAAACAACAAGAAAAGGAAUAUGAAUCAAUAAUUGAUGCAAAAAUUCAAGCAUUACAAAAAGAAAUUGAUAAUAAUAAUGAUAAUGAUAAUGAUAACGACAACAAACCAUUUCAAAAUAUUACCACUACUAAUACUACUAGUAGUAGUAGUGGUAGUGCUAGUAAUAUAAUUGAUGAAAUUAAUAAUUUACAAUUAAAAAUAACUUCACAAACAGAAACAUUACGUGAAAUAAAUGAUUUAAUAGAUAUUUAUGAAUAUGAAUAUGAAUAUGAAAUUGACUUAUCAUCAUCAACAACAUCUAUUAAUUUACAAAAAUUGAUUAUUAAUUAUAAAGAUUAUCAAAAUUUGAAAAAUGAUUAUAUAAAUGAAUUAAAUCGAGUUAAAAAAUUAUAUGAAGCUUAUUAUUUAUUAUUUAAUCGAUAUAUAACAUUGAAAAAAGAUUAUAAAAAAAAAUACCACCAACAACACCACCAACAAGACAAAGACAAAGAAAAGGAAAAAGACAAGGAAAAAGUGAUAUUGUCUAAAAAGAAGAAGAAUAAUGAUGAUGAUGAUGAUGAUGAUGAUGAUAAAGAAAUUGGAAGUAAUAAUAAGAAUGGUCAUAAAUAUGAUGAUGGUAAUAUUAUAUUAAUAAAAGAGAAAAUUAAUCAAAUUAAAUUUAAAUCUAAUGAUUUAUCAAUUAAAAAUAUAUGUGAUGAAUUAUUAAAUGAUGUUACAAAAUUUGGUAAAUAA